AUGCUGCUGGACGCCGGCCCGCAGUUCCCGGCCCUCGGAGUGGGCACCUUCGCCCGGCACCACCACUCGGCCGCGGCGGAGAUGCAGGACCGGGAGCUGAGCCUGGCGGCGCAGAACAGCUUCGUGGACUCGGCGGCGGCGCACAUGGGCGCCUUCAAGCUCAACGCCGGCGCCCACGACCUCUCCCCCGGGCAGAGCUCGGCGUUCACCUCGCAGGCGCCCGGUUACCCUGCCGCCGCCCUGGGCCCCCACGCCGCUCAUGUCGGUUCCUACUCCGGGACGCCCUUCAAUUCUACCCGGGACUUCUUGUUUCGCAGCCGGGGCUUCGGGGACUCGUCGCCGGCCGGCGGGCAGCACGGCAUCUUCGGCCCUGCGGCCGGCAGCCUGCACCACCCGCACACGGACGCUCAGAGCCACCUCCUCUUCCCGGGCAUCCACGACCAGCACGGUCCCCACGCCUCCCAAAAUGUUCUCAACGGGCAGAUGCGACUGGGCUUGCCGGGGGAGGUAUUCGCCCGGUCGGAUCAGUACCGCCAGGUUUCCAGCCCCAGGACUGACCCUUACUCGGCGGCUCAGCUGCACAACCAGUACGGCCCCAUGAAUAUGAAUAUGGGCAUGAACAUGGCAGCCCACCACCACCACCACCCAGGUGCCUUUUUCCGCUACAUGCGGCAGCAGUGCAUCAAGCAAGAGCUCAUCUGCAAGUGGAUCGAUCCCGAACAGCUGAACAACCCCAAAAAAAGUUGCAAUAAAACUUUCAGCACCAUGCACGAGUUGGUCACCCAUGUCUCGGUGGAGCACGUUGGGGGACCCGAGCAGAGCAACCAUGUCUGCUACUGGGAGGAGUGUCCCCGCGAAGGCAAACCUUUCAAAGCGAAAUACAAACUGGUCAAUCAUAUCCGAGUGCACACGGGAGAGAAACCUUUCCCCUGCCCCUUCCCUGGCUGCGGAAAAGUUUUCGCCAGAUCAGAAAAUCUCAAAAUUCACAAAAGGACGCACACAGGGGAGAAGCCCUUCCAGUGCGAGUUCGAAGGCUGCGACCGGCGCUUCGCCAACAGCAGCGACCGCAAGAAGCACAUGCACGUCCACACCUCGGAUAAGCCCUACCUGUGCAAGAUGUGCGACAAGUCCUACACGCACCCCAGCUCCCUGCGGAAGCACAUGAAGGUGCACGAGUCGUCCCCGCAAGGCUCCGAAUCCUCCCCGGCCGCCAGCUCCGGCUACGAGUCCUCCACCCCCCCGGGGCUGGUGUCCCCUAGCGCCGAGUCGCAGAGCACCAACAACCUCUCCCCUGCGGCGGCGGCGGCGGCGGCGGCGGCAGCGGCGGCGGCCGUGUCCGCCGUGCACCGGGGCGGCGGCGGCGGCGGCGGCAGCGGCGGCGGCGGCGGCGGCCACAGCGGCCUUUCCUCCAACUUCAACGAGUGGUACGUGUAG